AUCGCCGAGAAACACAAAUUCACAUGGGUUAAGUUGUAUUGGUCUGUUUAGGCUGUCGGAGCAAAACAACAAUGCUUUAUAUAUUUAACAACACACUGGCUAUGCUAGUGUUGAUUACAUAGUGUAUAAUGUUGCUUACAUUGUGUGCGAAAAACAUAUGCCGUACUACUGUCUGUAAUUCCUAACUAGUUUAACGUUAGUCUCAACAUUCGCUAGCUAGCUACAUUCAAAUUACAUACCCAGCCAUUGAACAAGCAUAUCUUGCUCGGAAGAGAAAAUACAGUUGUGGUUUCGGACCCUCAAGUUAUCUAAAUACUAAUUUAAUUAAUUUUACUAAUUUAAUUUUCAUUUAAUAUAUGUAUUAUCACUAUGAAAUAAGUUCUCAGAUGUCUCUUCCUCUCUACAUUUUGAAGUAAACUGCAGAUCAGUUUUAAGUGGCACAAAGAUUCAGUGAAGACACGGGGAUUUCCAUGUUCCUUUAUUCACGCUGUUAGAGGGGAAAAAACGACUUGAGGUGACCAUGACGGAGGCAGAGCUGGUCUUUCAUAAAAAGAAGAAAAAGAACAAGACCAAGAAGCAACUUUUAGAGGCGGUGCCGGAGCCCGGCAAUCCUCCUGAGACAACCACUACGGGAGUCGACUCUCAUAAGAAACAUAAACACAAAAAGAAGAAAACAAAGAGUGAGAAAGAUGACUGUAGACCCGUCGAGGGCCAGUGUGACACAAGAGAAAGGCAGGACAAAAAGAAAAGAAAACACGAUGCAGAGAAUGUAAGUGUGACACAAGAGGCUGCAGAUGCUGCUGCUGCUCAGGAGAGAGAGGUGAAGAAAAAGAAAAAGAAGAAAAGGAGAAUUGAAGAGCCAGACCGUCCUGGAGAGAACUCAGAAGCAGAGGCGGCACUCACAGCGGUGCAAACCAACCUUGAACCAGUCCCCCAGACACGAGUGAAGCGCAAGGCGAAGGUCAGAAAGACACACACACAGCCUGCUGCAGACACACACUCUCCCACAGACGCACGGCUUCACCCAGAUGAUGUGCCUAAAGCGCCUGUGCUGGACAUUGACGAUGCCAUCCGGCAGGAGAUCCUGGAAUUCCUGCCUCACUUUACGUUUUGCAACACCGCCCAUGUGAAGAAUGUCAUCAGGUACGACCUGCCCCGCUUCAGGGUAUACAAGAAGCAAGGGAUCCCUCUGCGAACAGGAUGGCUCACCGCGGCCGAGAACAAGCAGCUUAAACAGAACGUGAAGGACUUCCUGGCCGUUUCCGGGAUCGGCAGCGAGUUCAAGCUUUUUAGACCCCAACGCUUCCCAGAUGAGAUGGUUACCAUCCGAAGGCUGAAGAGGAAGUUCAACUUCGUCAGGAGUUUAUGCGCUGGGAUCCCUCGUUCCUGGAUAUCUAUAUCGAAACGAGCCAGGAACUUCUGCAACAGGGAGAAUUACUUGGGGAGGUUUACAGAAGAUGAGAACAAGGUCUUGAAGGAACUGUAUUCGCUGCAUGGGUCAAACUGGACGACCAUAGGAGACAAGAUGGGCCGCAGUGGUUCAGCCGUGCAGAGUCGCUUUGGCUUGAUGUCUGAGGUUUAUGGGCCAUGGUCAGAGGCCGAGUUUAAGGUCCUCCUGACGUGCUUACACCAGCAGCUGCUGAAGAGGGCUGAGCCUGGAGGAGAGGGCGGCGACGGGUCUGCGGUCAUCCAGAAAAUGGACUUGUAUAAGAAACUGCCCUGGAGGCGUGUGGCCAAGCAGAUCAAGACUCGCAGCUGGAUGCAGUGCAGGGAUAAGUGGAUGAAAUACCUGAUGGGUAAAAUGAAGACAGGUGGAAAGAUCCACGGGAGGAAGAACAUAGAGGGGCAGAUCCAGCUGAUCAAAGCGAUCAAUGAAAUGGCUGUGGAGGAAUCUUCAGACAUCGUGUGGGAUGACCUCACUCAUCUCUUUGGCAACACCCCACCUGUCUACUUACAAAUGAAGUUCCACCAGCUGAAGAUGACCUCUAUACCAGACUGGAACAGAAAGUCUUUCUGUGACAUCAUUGAUUUCCUGUAUGAGAAGACCCUGCCAAAGCUGGAGGAGGACCUGAAGGGCUGUAAGGAUGAUGAUGAUGAGCCCGCAGAGCUGCGACAGUCUUACAAGCUGUCAGAGAUCUUCCCCAACCUCUGAAACACCCCAACGCCACCCCCACUCAUCACCAGAGAGACAAGUCACUCUUCCAAGCUGUCAGAGAUCUUCCCCAACCUCUGAAACACCCCAACCCUGACCCCACUCAUCACCAGAGAGACAGGUCACUCUUACAAGCUGUCAGAGAUCUUCACCAACCUCUGAAACACCCCAACCCUGACCCCACUCGCCUAACCUCCUCACUAGGGGCCGUGUGAAGUUUGAAACACUAGUGACUGAAUUAACAUUUAAUUGCUCAGGCCUUUUCCAAAGAAGUUCAGAUAUUUGUAAAUGAUUGAAGAAAAUAUUAGCUUUGUCAUUUUUUUUUUUACAUUUCCUGAAACUGGUGUAUUUUAGUAUUUUUGUAAAAUGUAUUUUUAUGCACUGAGUUCAAUAGUAAAUCAAGGAGUUUUAAA